AUGAGUCUUACCAAACCAAUAAAAGAAUAUAAGUUGAUUUUGCUUUAGAAUAGUCUUUAUAAAAAGAAAUUUGAGUACAAAAAUAAAGAUAAAUUUCUUAAAAUUUUAAGAAUUUCAAUAUCAGACGAGAAUAUAUUGAAAAUAACUAAUUUUGAGAUAGACAACUUAAAUACAUUAGAAAUACCAGCUGAAUGUAUAUAAUAUUGUAUUAUUAUUAGCAUCUAUAACUAUUCAUAUUACAUUAUAAGCAUCUAAGAAUUCAAAUGUGUAUAUGAAAUUUAUUAGGUAUGAUACAGAUUAAAUAGAGGAAGAAUUGGUUUUCAAAAUAGAAUUAAAAUAAUGA